GUCCCUUAAUACCACAGAGUCAAACACAUGACUUGGACCUCAUCCACCGCCUCUCAUGACUUGUUAUAUAUCAUUUUUCUUUUCUUUUCAUCUUGUUAACUGCACUGAGAAAUAUUUUCAGAGGAAAAAUUAUCAGACCAGAUCAUGAAUAAUAAUAACAAUAACAGUGAUCGUCAAGAUAUGGAAGAUGAAGAAGAAGUUGCACUUCCAGGAUUUCGAUUCCAUCCAACUGACGAAGAACUCGUUGGGUUUUAUCUUCGAAGAAAGGUUGACAAGAAACCACUCAGUAUUGAGCUCAUCAAACAAGUUGAUAUCUACAAAUUCGAUCCAUGGGAUCUUCCAAAGCCUAGCAGUGUUGGAGACAAAGAAGGCUACUUCUUUUGCAAAAGAGGGAGGAAAUAUAGGAACAGCAUAAGACCAAAUAGGGUAACUGGGUCUGGAUUCUGGAAAGCAACCGGCAUCGACAAGCCUGUCUACUCACAUGGAGGAGAAGGCCGAGACUGUAUUGGACUCAAGAAAACAUUAGUCUACUACCGUGGCAGUGCGGGAAAAGGCACCAAAACCGAUUGGAUGAUGCAUGAAUUUCGUCUUCCUGCCAAUGAUACUACAAAUCUUGUCAAUGCCAAAACCUCUACUCUAGAAGCUGAAGUAUGGACACUUUGUAGAAUCUUCAAGAGAAAUGUUUCGCACAGAAAAUAUACACCAGACUGGAGAGAAUUAUCUAACAAACGUCAAGCAGCCAAUGACACAAGCUCAAAAACAUGCAGUGCGAAUUCAAAUAGCAGAGAAAAUUAUCUGAGCUUCGGUGCUCCUGAUAUUAUUCAAUAUAGUGAAAAGAAGCCUGUUUUUAAUGAGAGGAAACAGUUUCAUGUAGACCAGGUUAGCUCUAUACCUCAUUUUCAUCAUCAACAGCAACAUUAUCAUCAGCCUCCAUCAAUGGCUUCAUCUUCGACCGUUUCAAGUUCUUAUGAGAAUGAGUUGUUCACUUAUGGUGACUGGGAUGAGCUUAGAUCAGUUGUGGAGUUUGCUUUUGAUCCUUCUCUAUUGUAAAUAAUAGUUUCUCCACUGGUAUUUCUAUUUCUUAUCAUUCUGCUGACUGGCCUAUGUUAUAAUAUAUAGUCCUAUAAAUUAGACAUUCUCUUAUCAUGAAACAUUAACUAUGGAGGUUCUGAUAGCUAAUGUGAUCUAUAUAAAGCAUGGCUUUUUUCCUUUCUUC